AUGGAGGCGACGCUGCCAACUGCCGUUCUGGUCUUGGCAGUGUCUAUGGUUGCCAAAGGUGACGCCUCGUGUGAUGGCCCCUGCGGGUUACGGUUCAGGCAGAACCCAGAAGGCGGCAUGCGCGUCGUCGGGGGGCAGGCGGCGCAGCUCGGGGCCUGGCCCUGGAUGGUCAGCCUCCAGAUCGUCACCCACAGCGGCCGCCGGUACCACGCCUGCGGGGGCAGCCUGCUGAACGCACACUGGGUGCUGACGGCCGCUCACUGCUUCCAUGGCAAGAAUAAAAUGUAUGACUGGAGACUGGUGUUUGGCGCAAAUGAAAUUGUGUAUGGGAACGACAAGCCCGUGAAGGCGCCGCUGCAGGAGAGAAAUGUCGAGAAAAUCAUCAUUCACGAAAAGUACAACGCCGCGUCAGAGGGGAACGACAUUGCUCUCCUGAAGGUCACCCCUCCCGUGGUGUGCGGCCACUUCAUUGGGCCGGGCUGCCUGCCCCAGUUCAAGGCGGGCCCACCCAGAGGUCCCCAGAACUGCUGGGUGACUGGCUGGGGAUACAUGAAAGAGAAAGCCCCCAGGCCGUCACCUAUUCUGCAGGAGGCGCGCGUGGAGAUCCUUGACCUCUACUUGUGCAACUCCACUCGGUGGUACAACGGGCUCAUUAAGUCGACCAAUGUGUGCGCAGGGUAUCCCGAAGGCAAGAUUGACACCUGCCAGGGGGACAGCGGCGGGCCUCUCAUGUGCAGAGACAGCAGUGAUACGCCCUAUGUGGUUGUGGGGAUCACGAGCUGGGGGGUAGGCUGUGCCCGUGCUAAGCGCCCCGGAAUCUACACGGCCACCUGGCCCUAUCUGACCUGGAUUGCCUCCAAGAUCGGCGCCAUCGCCCUGCCCAUAGUGCCGCCGGCCACCGCGCCCCCUCCGGCCACUCGGCCCCCCCUCCCACGCCCCCCCUCCCCGCAUGUCCCCCCCGCUCGCCCUGCCUGGUACUCCCAGCGCCCCCCGCAGGUGCCCGCGCCCACCUCCCCCAAGAAGCCUCCCCAGGCACUUUCCUUUGCCAAGCGCUUACAGCAGCUCAUAGAGACCUUGAAGGGGAAGACCUAUCCCAACACCAAGACCUACUAUGACUCGGAGAACACAGAACUGCCACAGCUGGUCCCCUCCUCCUGA